GGUAUGGAGUCAGCAGGAGGAGAUUAUGAAGGGGUUCAGAGUACUGAUGUGGAAAUGGAGAAUGAAGAUACAAAACCUGGAUUAUGAAUACUUUCCUGAUACAGCUCUGUUAAAAAUCAGAGAAGGAAUAAAGAAUGUAUUGAACUCUUAAAGCAGAAAGCGGCUGAAAGAGGUUCACUUAUAGAUUUUCUUGAGCUAAAAGCAUCUAAUCUUGACAAAAGACGUCUGGAGCUCCAGAUUCAGAAAUAAUCAUCUAAUCAGAGAUAUGGAGAGGGCCUCCAUUGAUAAGAUGAAGAACAGGCUGGUUAUCAAGCUAAAGCGUUUACAGCUCAAUGAGAAAGAAUCUAAGUUUGAUUCUUUAACGAAGGAAAUUUAUCAAAUAAGGGAUUGAAUGCUUGAAGCUGAAACUGAAGGUUCCAUAUAUGACUGACAUUAUGAAUAA